CCAAGCAAGUUUGCACAUUGCACAAAGGGUGAUGCAAUCUGAUUUAGGCUUUUAAAGGGAUUGCAAUCAAGUGGGGCCCUACUGGCCUCAACCCUGUACCACCCCUCCCUUCCAUCCCCAGUAGUCCCCAAAGACCUCCAUCAACCCCAGGAUGGGGGCCGUAUUCCCAAAGAAAAUCCAAGCUGUAUACGCAUCACACUGAUUUUCCAGGAGCAGAAACAGAAACAGGCCUGAGGCUGGUCAGAAUUGAACCCCCUCCUGCUCUGAGCAGCCUGCGGGGCAGGCUAAGCAGAGGGCUGUGCAGACCCACAUAAAGAGUCUACUGUGUGCCAGGCACUUCACCCAAGGCACUUCACAAGCAUGCUUGGGAAUGAGACUUCCAACUCUCUAGGAUGCAGGUGAAACACUUCCUGGUUCAAACAGGUGAAGCGGCCUGCCUGAGACAGCAUCACGCUUCUUUACAGGUUUGCUCUCCCACCUCUACCCUGUCUCAUGGUCACCCAUGCCGGCCUGACGCUUGUGUCUGCCUCAGUCAUGCUCCAUUUUUCCAUCCGGACAAUCAAGAGGGUUUUUGUGUCUAAGGCUGACUGGGUAACUUCGGAUGAGCGGCCUCUCUGCUCUGAGCCUCAGUUUCCUCAUCUGUCAAAUGGGCUCUAACCCACUCUGAUCUCCCAGGGCGGCAUCAGUCUUCAGCAUCAGGCAUUUCGGGGUGAAUUAGUAAAUGGUAGAUCUUGCUACCAGUGGAACAGCCGCUAAGGAUUCUGCAGUGAGAGCAGAGGGCCAGCAAAGUGGUACUCUCCCAGCGACUGGCUGACUCACGCCACCCCCUCCACCUUGGACGCAGGACACUGUGGUUUCUGAGCCAGGUACAAUGACUCCUUUUGGUACGUGCAGUGGAGGCUGUAUGCUGCUCAGGCAGAGCGUCCGGACAGCGUGGGCGGGCGACUCAGCGCCCAGCCUGUGAACUUAGUCCCUGUUUGCUCCUCCGGUAACUGGGGUGAUCUUGGUUAAUAUUCACCAGCAGCCUCCCCCGUUGCCCCUCUGCACCCACUGCUUAAAUACGGACAAGGACAGGGCUCUGUCUCCUCAGCCUCAGGCACCACCACUGACCUGGGACGGUGAAUCGACAAUGCCAUCUUCUGUCUCAUGGGGCGUCCUCCUGCUGGCAGGCCUGUGCUGCCUGCUCCCCGGCUCUCUGGCUGAGGAUCCCCAGGGAGAUGCUGCCCAGAAGACGGAUACAUCCCACCAUGAUCAGGACCACCCAACCCUCAACAAGAUCACCCCCAGCCUGGCUGAGUUCGGCUUCAGCCUAUACCGCCAGCUGGCACACCAGUCCAACAGCACCAAUAUCUUCUUCUCCCCAGUGAGCAUCGCUACAGCCUUUGCAAUGCUCUCCCUGGGGACCAAGGCUGACACUCACAGUGAAAUCCUGGAGGGCCUGAAUUUCAACGUCACGGAGAUUCCGGAGGCUCAGGUCCAUGAAGGCUUCCAGGAACUCCUCCAUACCCUCAACAAGCCAGACAGCCAGCUCCAGCUGACCACCGGCAACGGCCUGUUCCUCAACAAGAGCCUGAAGGUAGUGGAUAAGUUUUUGGAGGAUGUCAAAAAACUGUACCACUCAGAAGCCUUCUCUGUCAACUUUGAGGACACCGAAGAGGCCAAGAAACAGAUCAACAAUUACGUGGAGAAGGAAACUCAAGGGAAAAUUGUGGAUUUGGUCAAGGAGCUUGACAGAGACACAGUUUUUGCUCUGGUGAAUUACAUCUUCUUUAAAGGCAAAUGGGAGAGACCCUUUGACGUUGAGGCCACCAAGGAAGAGGACUUCCACGUGGACCAGGCGACCACCGUGAAGGUGCCCAUGAUGAGGCGUUUAGGCAUGUUUAACAUCUACCACUGUGAGAAGCUGUCCAGCUGGGUGCUGCUGAUGAAAUACCUGGGCAAUGCCACCGCCAUCUUCUUCCUGCCUGAUGAGGGGAAACUGCAGCACCUGGAAAAUGAACUCACCCAUGAUAUCAUCACCAAGUUCCUGGAAAAUGAAAACAGCAGGUCUGCCAACUUACAUUUACCCAGACUGGCCAUUACUGGAACCUAUGAUCUGAAGACAGUCCUGGGCCACCUGGGUAUCACUAAGGUCUUCAGCAAUGGGGCUGACCUCUCGGGGAUCACGGAGGAGGCACCCCUGAAGCUCUCCAAGGCCGUGCAUAAGGCUGUGCUGACCAUCGAUGAGAAAGGGACUGAAGCUGCUGGGGCCAUGUUUUUAGAGGCCAUACCCAUGUCUAUUCCCCCCGAGGUCAAGUUCAACAAACCCUUUGUCUUCUUAAUGAUUGAACAAAAUACCAAGUCUCCCCUCUUCAUGGGAAAAGUGGUGAAUCCCACCCAGAAAUAACUGCCUGUCACUCCUCAGCCCCUCCCCUCCAUCCCUGGCCCCCUCCCUGAAUGACAUUAAAGAAGGGUUGAGCUGGU